CCCCUGAGUUCCUGACUCGUGCUGUCAAUGAGGAGCUGAGGUCAAGAGAAAUAAGCAUGGCCGCUUUGUUUAGAGGGUAUCGGAAUUUUUAUAAAAGAAGCAAUAAACAUGUGGAGCUCACUUUGGUAUCCUGUAGAUCAAUGGCUUCCAAGACCCCAGUGGGUUUUAUUGGACUGGGUAAUAUGGGGACACCUAUGGCUAGAAACCUACUGAAGCAUGGAUAUCCUGUCAUUGCUACUGAUGUCUUCCCAGAGUCUUUCAAAGAGCUUCAGGACUCGGGAGCACAGAUCCUGGAUUGCCCUGCUGAAGUGGCUGAUAAAGCUGACCGCAUCAUCACCAUGCUACCGUCCAGCCCCAACGUCAUUGAGGUUUACACAGGACCCAAUGGCAUACUUAAGAAGGUAAAAAAAGGCACCCUUCUGAUUGACUCCAGCACCAUUGACCCUGCAGUUUCCAAAGAGAUGGCGAUUGCUGCUGAGAAGAUGGGAGCAGUGUUCAUGGAUGCUCCAGUGUCAGGAGGUGUUGGUGCAGCCAGUCUGGCUAAACUCACCUUUAUGGUUGGUGGAGUCGAGGAGGAAUUUAAUGCUGCCCAGGAGCUGCUCACCUGUAUGGGAGCAAAUGUAGUGUACUGUGGCCAAGUGGGAAGUGGACAGGCAGCAAAAAUCUGCAACAACAUGCUGUUAGCAAUUGGCAUGAUUGGUACAGCAGAGACCAUGAACCUUGGAAUUAGACUGGGUUUGGAUCCAAAACUGCUGGCGAAGAUUCUGAACAUGAGUUCGGGGCGAUGUUGGUCCAGUGACAAGUACAACCCCGUCCCCGGUGUCAUGGAAGGAGUGCCCUCAGCAAAUAACUACCAGGGAGGCUUUGGCACAAAGCUAAUGGCUAAAGAUCUUGGUUUUGCUCAGGAUACGGCGACCAGUACCCGGACCCCAAUACCACUUGGUUCUUUGGCGCACCAGAUCUAUCGGGCGAUGUGCGCUCAUGGCUACUCUAACAAAGACUUUUCCUCUGUCUUCCAGUUUUUACGAGAGGAGGGGGUAUAGUAGGUCCGUUGGAAGUGACCCAGGAUCUGUGUGAGAAAUGGACUUUAUGACUGGCUGGUUUAUUAUUGAUAUGCAUGUGAGGUAUUUUUUCAAAGGGAUGUUACAGGUAUGUUGAAGCUAAUGAGUGUCGCAUUGAGAGUCCGAUGCCUCUCUUCGGUUGUUGCCAGAUUUUGACAUUCAAAACUUCUCAGAGCCGUUUUUUUUAGCUAUGACCGGUUCGAACCGUUACUCCCGUUUGCUUCCUUCACACAUUUACCUGAAAAUGUUUACAGUCAUUCUUUUCCACUUUGAGCCAGUAAUUUGAGCCGGUUCUAAACAAAUAUUGAUUUCUAGACCCGAACAGACGCUGCUAGAAAUGUUUAUGGAUCCAUAUGUCAUACCUCAUCUGUUUCAGUUGUGUCUGAACUGAAUCAAAACUGAGCAAAUUUAGCAAAGUUACAGUAUUAGGUUCCUUGUUUUUCAGGAAUAGUUACAUUAGUUACAAAGAGUAGUUCACCUAGAAAUAAUAAAAUGCUGAAAAUCAGGCCAUCCGAGAUGCAGAUGAGUUGGGGGUUUUUUCAUGGGAACAGAUUUGGAGAAAUUUAGCUUUAUUUUACUUGUUCACCAGUGGAUCCUCUGCAGUGAAUGGGUGCCGUUGGAAUGAGAGAAAACAGCUGAGGAAAAAACACCAACAAUCCACAAGGAAAUCACACGAUCCAGUCCAUCAAUUCAUGUAUUAUGAAGCGAAAAGCUGUGUGUUUAAGACGAACUUCAAAUCGAUGCUAUAAACAUAAGAGUCCUCUGUCUGUAAUUUCACUUCCUCCAUUGUAAUUGUAUCUGAAUCAAGAGAGAAGUAUGCACAUAUUAAACACUUUUCAAGCGAAAACAGUUUUAAACAAAUAUAUCUGCGUAUUCUGACGUGAAAGGAUAACACAAGAUUCACUUUUUGGACUGGAGGAGUUAUUAUUAUGGAUUAUGGGCCAGAAGUAAGUGUUGAAGUAAUGAUGAAUUUGUUUGUUUAAACAAUCUACACGGUGCUUUUUUUCUUCACAAUUUAAUAACCGAUCAACAGGAGGAUUGUGGUGUUUUUAAUCAGCUGUUUUGAGCUCAUCUUGAUGGCACCCAUUCACUGCAGAGGAUCUGCUGGUGAGCAACUGAUGUAAUGCUAAAUCUUUCCAAAUCUCUUCCAAUAAUAAAAAAAAAACCUAAUCUCCAUCUUGGAUAGCCUGAUUGUAAAUUUUCCAGCAAAUUUUCUUUUUGGGUGAGCUAUUCCAUUAAAACUGACCUCUGUUUUACACCAAAUAGUUUAUACACUGACGUCUUUUUCAGUGUUUUUUUUUUUCUCCUGACCACAUUUUCUCUCAUUCUUCAUUUCUUUUCCACUAAACAGACGGCUUUAAGUCA